GUGCGCACUGCAGUAGGAGUAGCAUAGCAUGCAAUCAAUCAAUACCAAAGAGUACCUAGAUAUUAUAUUUGUGCCGCUCGUUCUAUUGUUGCAUUGAUUGAGUUUAUUAGGAAAUUUAUGACUGUAUCUUUAUCAAUCAAAUAAAGUACAGUGAAGUGAGAGUUAACUAUAUUCUGUUAAUGAUUUCCGAUCAUGAAUCGAGAUAAACGCGAACCUGAUUAUCCAACUGAGUUGGAAUCUCAGUAUAUUUUGCGGCUGCCCGAGGAACCAGCUAAAGUACUAAGAGAUGUACUGAAAUCAGGAGAAAAUUUGAAAAAUCGUUUGACUAUACAGGUAGAAAACGACAUGAGACAGGGCGAGGUGCGUUUCGACCAUUGGUUGAUGCACGCAAAAGUUGUCGAUCUCCCAACCAUUGUUGAGUCUUUGAAAACGAUUGACAAUAAAAGUUUCUAUAAAACUGCUGAUAUAUGCCAAAUGAUGAUUUGCAAAAAUGAACCAGAUCAGCCUACGACAGAGGAAGAAUCUCCGGCCAAAAAUAAGAAAAAAGACCCAUAUAAAGUCGACAAGAAGUUUUUGUUUCCUCACGGCAUUACUCCACCAACUAAAAAUGUCAGGAAGCGCCGUUUUAGAAAGACUUUAAAAAAGAAAUAUGUUGAAGCACCUGAGGUUGAGAAAGAGGUGAAAAGAUUGCUUCGGGCGGACAAUGAAGCGUUCAGUGUGACUUGGGAGGUUAUAAAAGAGGAGGAUGACAUUAAACCGGAAACCAAAGCUAAUGUGAAGUCGGAGAAGAAGUCUAAAGCUGCCCUGAAGAGAGAAGCAGCAAAGGGUCCAAUAAAACCCGAAUCGUCAAAUGUUGUUGACAUUUUUGGAGGAAAUGUAAGUGACAGCGAUUUAGAAGACGAGAAUGUGAAUGUAGAUCUGGACAUAGAUAGUCGUUUAUCUCCGUAUGACAGCCGUUUAUCAGAUACGAACUCAAUUUACAGCAUCAAUGAUAUGUCUAAAAGAGACUUUCCAGUUGAGUUCGACUCUCGUAUUUUUAGCCACACUCCUAAAGCUUCUGGUAGCCAUAGCCAUUCAUUGACCCCUGCUGCUGCCAAGGGUGGAAUGUCACCAGAAGAUGACGGUGAUUAUCACCGUGAUAUGUCUAAAGAGAAUAUGGCGAUUCAGAUUGAACAACUGCGGACAGAACUUGAGGAGUUGAAAGAACGUAAACAGAAAACUCAGCUCGAGAUAGCGGGGAUGGAGAAUCAAGCUUUACGGCAGCGGUUUUCGGAGAAUUUGCAUUUGUUAAACAAGGAUAUUAUGUACAAGGAGAUGGAGUACCAAGGGCUGCUCACUCUUCAGAAUUCUGAUGACAUAUAGAAAUAAGUUUCCGGUAAAUAUUCAACAAUAUGUGAGGAAGUAGAGUAUGUAAGGGACCUAAUUACGGCUAGGAAUUACGAUCUUUAUUGCUGUUAUUUUGUAUUGGAAUAACGGCAAUAAAGACCUAAGUGCUAGCUGUCAUAAGGUCCCUUUUGAUUUGGAUGACCACAUAUAUAUUUGAGGGCAUUUGCCACAUAUUUCUAGUCUAUAAUCAUUGUAUUUGAAGAUAUGUCAAAAAGAGGUCUGAGGUUAUAUCAAAAAUAUUGUGGAAUGUAUGAUGACAAAUUAUAUGUUAUUUAUUAAUGCAAA